GUUUCUUUGAAGCUUGAAAAGAGUGCACAGAAAACUAUGGCUUCCGCCACUGGGAUUCCGGAGAAUGUAUAUGCGGCGCGGGGUGUCAGUGAGGAGGAACCGCUGCUGGGAAGGAGAGGCGAUGCGAGCCAGACGGAGGGGGGGAACAUUCUUUUGAAUCUCUGGAUAGGCACUGCACCUAUCGCUCAGGCAGGCAUCUGGAUCCUCGCAGCCAUAGUCUGGGGUGCCAUCCUCUCCCAAAAACUCAUCAUCUUCUCUCCCCACCCACUCCUUAACUCCGCAGGCCUUUUGCUCAUAAUUCAAGCCGCCCUCAUCCUCCAGCCAACCCACACUCCCGAGCAGAAACGCACUGGUACCCUCAUCCACGCCUCCCUCCACUUGGUCGCACUCUCCUCCCUCCUCUCGGGCCUUGUCAUCAUUGAGAUCAGCAAACGCGACUCCCCACACGGCCACUUCGCCUCCCCCCACGCCAUCCUUGGCCUGACCUUCUACAUUCUCGUUCUCAUUCAAGCACUUGUGGGGUUCACGCAAUACUUCACGCCCAAUCUGUAUGGGGGCGAGGAGCGCGCUAAGAGGGUAUACAAGUAUCACAGGUUGGCGGGAUACGUAAUUGCGACGUUGGGCCUCGCGACGGUGUGUGCAGCCAGCUGGACAGAGUAUGGGGGUAAAGUGGCGGGGAUUCAGCAUUGGGCGGUGAUUGUGGCGAGUGUGCUUGUGUUGGCGGGCGUGUUGCCCAGGGUGCGGUUGAGUAAGUUUGGGUUGACGCGCGCGGGGUCGUAAGGGGUGUUAAGGCGGGUGGUUAGGAGGUGAAUCAUGGUGUUGUUGUCAGAAGAACAUGGAGUUGUUGGUGUUGGUGUCGACGUUCAUGGCGGAUAAGGACGUGACUUACAGGUUCCGGGUAUACUUAUAGCUGCGGUGCAGUAAUAAUCGUCGCCGAAGCUCUCUCCAUGUCAAGAUUGUUGCUAGCCUUAACGCAGCAGGGAGGUUCUAUCUCCACAGACUUUAGCAAUGCCUUUACACGGUGCCCGUUUUGUU